CCGUGCAGAAAUACAAGAAAAGGAGAAAGCUCGAGAGAAGUACAAAGAAGCAGUAUCGAGUGGACGAACAGCAGCUUUGGAGAGGAGAAACAAGGAGAUAUAUUUAGUUUGGUUUUAGGCAAUCUUCCCCCGAAAGAAAUGGCUGUUUUGGAAUUAACUAUGGUUGGUGAACUGAAUGUUGAAGCUGGUGGUGCUGUGAGAUUUGUUUUACCUAAAGUGCUCAAACCUCGUUACACACCGACAGGAAGCAAUAACCCUCUGGCACCCGAAGUAUCUUCCGAUAGUGGGGCAACUGCAAAACAAGGGACUGGACCCGAUUCUUACCAGUUCAGCCUUGAAAUAGAUGAUGCACCAAACAUUGAUAAGGUGACAUCACCAUCACACAAGAUUUUGCUGACAAUGACGGCGAAAAGAUCAAAGUGACUUUAACGGAAGUAAAACAAACUGAUAUUGUCAUUUUAGUGCAACCAAAAGAGAUAAACAAGCCAUUAAUUAUUGUUGAACCAGGUUUAUCAAAUGGUGAAAACAAUUUUCAAAAAUCUUCAGCAAUCAUGGUGAGCUUCAUCCCUGAAUUCAAGGGUGAAAAUAAUUGUCUUCAAGCAGCUUGUGAAUUUGUGUUUGUAAUUGAUCGAAGUGGUAGUAUGGCUGGAUCCUACAUCAAAGAUGCAGCUGAAACACUUCUACUCUUUCUUAAAAGUAUUCCUGAAGGAUGUUAUUUCAAUAUAAUAGGUUUUGGCAGCACAUAUGUUCACCUAUUUCCAGAAAGUGUUCCAUACAAUCAAAAAAAUUUGGAAACAGCUGUAAAACAUGCAGAGAAUCUUCAAGCUGAUUUGGGUGGUACAGAGCUAUUUCAUCCACUUAAAGAAAUAUUUAGUCAUGCACCAAAGAAAGGUUUGCCAAGGCAGGUGUUUGUGCUAACUGAUGGAAGCAUAAGUAAUACUGACUCGGUCAUUCAACUUGUUAAGAAAAACUCCAACAACUCCAGAUGUUUUCUUUUGGUAUCGGCUCUGGUGCAUCAACAACUUUAGUGAAAGGCAUUGCACAAGCUGGCAAAGGUGCUGCUGAGUUCAUUG